AGGUUCUAAAAUGGAAAACAUUAUUAACAUGCCCUUCUGAUGGGAAUCACUGGGUAAAGGUGGGCAAGACUGAGCAGGGUGGACGGAAAAGCAAAGAAGACAUCUAAAACUUGAAAUGUGUGAAGUAAUCUGCUGUUGGUGGACCUGACCACAUACAAAAAAAAAAAAGCGUUCAAGGAAAGCAGGGUUAAAAUAGUUCUUCCUCUAACAGACUACUAAGGAAGCUGCCUGACUCCGAAGCAGCCUGGGGAAUUCUUCACCUUUCUGCUGUUGUGUCUCUGUCAGGACCUGAAGGCUUCAUUGUCUCUUUCCAGAGAAGAAAAGAUGUUUGAUACUCUUGGACUCAUUUGCAUGAUUUGGUCGUGUAUGAUGCUGUUUCAUCCCUUGCAUGCUGACAUCCAGUGUAUGGGGUCAGGAGCACAAGAAUCACCUAUUAUGAAUGUGAAAAUUGAUUGGAUAAAAACAGAACUGUCCUGGGAGAGCAACAAGAAUUACUCUAUCUACAAAUGUACCAUGGAGAGCCAAAAGGAAAGUACAGAGAAAGAGGUGAAUAGUCCACUAUGCACGUUUCCAGGGCGACACAUGCACGAAGGGGCAUCCUUUAUCAUUGAAGUGCCAAACGCAAACUUCUCAAAAAGCUGCACCUUUAUCCGUGGAGGCAUGAAUGGGUCAGCCAUUGAAAACUUCUCCUGUGUGAUUUAUAACGUUUCCCUCAUGAACUGCACUUGGCAGGCAGGCAGGAAUGCUCCAGCAGAUACCCAGUAUUUUCUCUACUGGAAGAACUUGAGAGGUGACAACGAAGUGGAAUGUGAGCUUUACAUUAAAGACGAAAAUGGCAGAAACACGGGAUGUAGGUUCCAAAAUGUGAGGAUAGGGGAUGAAGAAGCCUACUUCCUGGUGAAUGGAUCUAGCAAUGGCUCUGUGAUCCAGUUCUAUGAUAAGUACAUUCAACUGUAUAAAAUUGAAAUACUCACUCCUCCGUUGAACGUCACUGUCAGUUGUACUACACAUCCAGCAGGUUGCAUAAUUACAUGGCAACCACCCCUUACAAGUCACAUGAAAACUGAAACCUGUUUUCUGUAUGGAAUUAGCAUAAAAAAUAAGGAUGAGCCCGAAGAAAAGAAUCAACCUGUAGAAGUAAGGAACCACAGCUACACAUUCCAAAAUUACAAUGAGAAAAAAGAAUACCUUCUGAAAAUCAGAGCACGUGGAAGAAACUGUCUCAUAAAUGAAAGCUGGGGGGAAUGGAGUAAAACCAUCAAGUUUGGUGGAGGGAAAGAUUAUUCUAUUUUUGUGAUUUUAUUUCUAAUAGCACUUGGAACAAUCUCAGUGACACUGCUCUCAUUUUGUUUUUUCAAAAGGUAUUGUAGUUCCAAAAGCAUAUUUUUUCCCAUUCCACAACCGAGAGACAAAUUUAACGCAUCAACUGAUGAAGAUAUGCAGAUAAAGUAUGUAAGUCUACAAAAAAGUUGCAUCGAGGAAAUAACUGUGGUCGAAGAGAUGACUUAACUUUCCAAAAAGAAAAUGCUUAAGAUUCCCCAACAUGAAAGAACAUCAUGGAUCCUCCUAAGGCACACUUCAAAGCAGACUACAAAUGAGUAUCAUCACCUGUAGAACUAUUUGUUCCAUAAAAAUCGACCUAAAAUGGAGCAGCAGAAGCAGAGAAGAUCAGUGAAAUUUGUUCUUUUCCCAUUGUUCAAAAACACAAUGCGUGGCAGCUAAGCUUUUCUGCCAACACCUGCUGUGAAGACUUGCUUAAACCUUGCUGAGAUGAUCUUCAGCGUGAGGCGAGGGGUCUCAUCCACAACACAGAAGGAACUGGUUAUUUCCAGUCUUCAUUGCUAUGGUGCUUCUUUCCUCUGAUUACAAUUAUUUCCUAUACAAUAAGACAGUAGUUAAUUUUCCUAGCUUAUUUUUAUAUAUCCAGAAUAUCUUCUGAAGGGGAAACUAGUAUUCAAAAAUUUAAAACUGCCCUUCAGCCUUGCAACCAGCAAUACCGAACUGUCUCAGUACAUUCAAUAAACUAUGCAAAACCAGAAAUGUGAAAUGACACUUGCCAAAAAUAACUAUUAAUGCUGGGCUGCCAGUCAGCCACUCCAUCAGUUCAGUACUUCCAAUGUAGACUUAAAUCAGUAUUUAAGUCUCCAAAAAAACCCAGCGUAACAGUUGUGAGAAUUGGUAUAAAAUCUGUAAUAAGAUUUAAUAGCUGAAUUUAAAUGUAAAGAUUAGCUCACACCAAUGCAUUUUAUUUAUCUCCUUCAAAGUGUUCAAGCCCUAUUUCUAAUGCCUUUUUAAAAUACAGGCUUUAGAUGCCAGUAUUUUCUUUUACAAAUUCCAGAUAUUUUCCUGUUAAAAAUGUUUUUCAAAAUAAAUACAUUUCACCAAGUCUUUCAAUAAGGCAGAAAACAAAUGCUUUUUUUAAAAGUCUCAUUUAUUGUUUGCCUCUUAUGUUCCCACACUGUAUAAUCACACAUUGAAAAUUGCUGCUGCACGACUAAGGGAAGCCAUAUACUAAAAAAAAAAAAUGAACACCAAGUAGUACAUGCUGAACGCACAGCAUAGGUAAAUUGCAGUUCCACUUAAAAAAAACCCAAACACCCACACUUGCAUUGAUUUCUUUUCCUAUUUCUUGUGGUUAAAACCUAGUUCUGGAGGGGACAGGGGAGGUGGGGUGAAACACCUCCUCCCCUUUUAGGGGCUGCUCAAGCAAUUGCCAUGCUUGGUUCUUCCUCACAAAGCUAGGGUCACCAUACACUCAGUGAGGUCACAGGAGGUAUUCUAUCACUAUCUCUACUUUUCAAGCCGCUGAUAAAGUAAAACUAAGCAAGGUAUUUAUAUAGACAAGAGCUCUUCCCCUGCCCCCCACAAAUAAUAUAAUUACAACAGAAACAGCAGGCUGAUUGGCAAGGACAGCAUCAAGUGACCUGCCCGCACCACGAGAGCUACCAUUACUGAACAGGAUCACGAUGCUUGCAGGAGGUACAUAAGCCUGCUAUUGGUCUGUGUACAAAGUAGCUGUGUAACGUACUUACAUUCAUACACAGAUGUUGAAAGCAGUGCUUCUGCAACAGUGGAAGGAAAAAGGUAAAUUAUGUUUGAAAGAAGGUAGUAAUCAGCCAAAGCUGAGUAGUUAAUUUAAAUACUUCAUCUCAAACAGCAACCUCAGAAGGCACACAAAAGAACUCAAGACAGCUCAGUCAGCCUUCAAUGACUCACACAAUGACACACUGUUCCCUUCUCAAGAUACAGGGAGAGUUCUUGAAAACACGAUUGCAAGAUGAACACCUUGUUUUCCUCUACUGGUCCCCCUACCACAUCUUUGCAGAUUAUGAAGUACAAAAGAUUAUAUACAUACGAAGAACGGCACAUAGGUAUUACAUUACCCCAAACAGCAGUAUGAGAAAUAAUUUCAUCCAAUUUUGGUCAUCCGACAAUCAGUCAGUCAAUAUUGAAGGCUGACCUACCUUGACCUAUAUUUUACAGGUACACAGGAUACCUAUUCUCUCCCACACACCCCAUCGACUUCACCUUUUAGAAUGAGCCUCAUUUCAGAUUAAGUUCAUCUUCCACAGAGGUCCUGACCACUGCUACAGAUCAGGCCACACAAUUUCUUGAAUGGCACAAUCAGCAUUUCCAAAUAGCAGCAACAAUACAAUACAUAAGUUACUCAGAAGUUGAAGGCAUUUACUAGGUUCUGGGGUUUUUGCAUGAAUGCCAUGUUGCUUUCUGUAUUGAUUUAAAAAACUUAUUUAAUUUUAAGCUGUUUUACCAAAGGCAAGGGUGUUACUUUUUGACUGUCCUUGGGACUUUUCAGUUCUCCUAGCACUACAACAGAAACCCCCCCAUUUUAAAUUAUAUGAAAAGUUGCAAAUCAAGUUCUAAGAAUCAUGCAAAAAGCCACUUGCAGCAGCCAAUCAUACACUAUCAGGCACAAAGAAUGGGAGCAGUUUCUAUUAGUAUAACCCAUGCUUCCCUCCCCACGAAGUUCUCACAUUCAGUUAUUUCUUAAAAAAAAAAAAAUCAAGCUUAUUCUCUUACAGAGUACAGUGUUAAGUGUAUCAGAGGAACCAUUAUCUGAAACAAGUUUUCAAACAAAAGAGGCUUUCCCAAAGCUUUUAUGUAAUAAUUUCAACACAGACAGAGUAAGUAUGUUUAUUGUUUUACAGCAGAAUGCCCCAAUUUAAGAACAAAAUCGCUAGAUGUUCAGCUGUGCAAAAUGGUACAUAGUGCUUCAGUACAAGUGGAAAAGAACAUGAUUUGUUAGCAAGUACUUUCAAAUACAAUUUUAUGGUCCUGGAAGAUAGGACUUGAAACUGGGGACUGAUCCACAGGCAAACAAGUUUUUCUACCUAAAUUGGACCCAGCUGCUUUGGACCCAGAACCAGCGCCACUCACUCCUCAUUGCUGGGGGAAAAAAAAAACAAA